UGGGGCAUGCGGGAUAAUCCGUGCUGUUCGAACAACCGAGGUGCUGGUGUGAAGCUCUUCUUCCGUAUCGCGAACACCGUUGUCGUUGUGGUCGCCGUAGUUUUCCGUCGUCGAAAAAUCAUUGCUUUCCGGAAUCCAAAAGCUGUGGAAAAGGUGCCAACAUGAGUGUCGACGCUGCCGUUCCUCAACCCGCGGAUUCCUCCAAGGUGAUGAAUGGCAUGAUGGAACGGCCGAACGGCGUAAGCAACGGUCACUCGGGCGGUGGAGGUGAAAACGGCGAUCGUCAUAAAAGCCACAAAAGCUCUAGCAAGGACAAGCAUCGUGACAAAGAUCGUGACAAAAAUCGGGAUAAGGACAAGCAUCGCGAUAAAGAUCGCGAUCGAGAGAAGGACAAGAAUCGCGAUAAGCACAAGAGCAGCAGCCAUUCGUCUUCUUCGAAAAGUGGUAGCAGCUCAUCGAAGGAUAAAGAGAAGUCUGACAAGGAGAAACAUAGCUCUAGUAGUAGCAGCAACAAGGAUAAGGAAAAAAGCCACCACAGUAGCUCGUCGACGCACAAAAGUUCCAAAAGCGAUAAGGAUCGGUCGAAGGAUAAGGAACGGGACAAAGACAAACAUCGAAGCCGCGAAGAUGGCAAGGAUCGUGACCGUGAUCGCGACAAGAAGGAUCGCGACAAAAGCAGUCGAAGCGAUAAAGACAAGGACAAGCACAAAUCGUCAUCCUCGUCCUCGUCGAACAAAGACAAGGAUCGGGAUAAGCAUAAGAGUAGCAGCAGCAGCUCUAGCCGCGACAAGGAUAAGGACAAGAACAAACAUUCCAGCUCGAGAAGGGACAAGGAUAAGCACUCCUCGUCGUCGUCAUCCUCCAAACAUAAGGAUCGGCACCGAGAUGAGAAAGUAGCUUCGGGCGAGGUGAAGGUGAAGGAAGAACCGGAGCCUGUUCCGACGGAAUUCUUAAACGGAGAAGGGUAUAUACCCCAGCAGAAUGACGCGAUGGUGGAAAACCACGCAGGACCUGUGGGAGGAAAGUUGGACAUUUCCCAGGCAAGUUCGUGCGAUUACUCGAUGUCGCAGUUCCGCGCCGACGAGACACCAUUUGCGUUGAAGCAAAAUGAAACGAUGGACCAAAACACUUCCAACCAGGGCGACGAUUAUCAGAAUAACGAUGACGAGGAGGGAGAUGACGCAAGUCGUUAUAAUGAUUUUAACACUGAGAAUGGUCAUCACCAUGAACAACAGCCCCAUAUGUACCAGCAGCAGCAACACCAGCAGCAAGGAUAUUUUGGUGGCAUGCAACAGCAGCACGAACAGUAUCAGGCGAACGUUCAGGCCGCUAUCAAGAUGGAGCCGCUAGAUAUCAAAGAUGAACCGCAAUCUGGCCAGGAGGGGGAGGAAGAGUCCGAGGACGAUAUACCACUAUCAAAGCGGAAGAAACGCGAGGCUGAAGAAGGCUACGAUGAAGAUGGUAGAAAGAAGAAGAUUAAGACGGAGAAAAAGGAUAAGAAAAACAAAAAGCGCUCGCAUGAUUCCGAUGAUGCCAACGAAAACGGCGAUGAUGUCAAUAGCAGCAAGAAGAAACCGAAGAAGACUAAAAUAAAAAAGGAGCCAGGAGUAGAACCACCCACCCAACAAGCGAAGAAGAAUGCUAAGGCUGCCCCCCCAAUGCCUGGAAACAAUCAGGCAAGAACCGGCGAUCAGGCUGGAACCGGCAAGACUGGACGAGCUCGGGUAAAGAAGGAAGAAGAAGAGCAAGAAGUAUGGAAAUGGUGGGAGGAGGAAAAGCGCGACGACGGCGUCAAAUGGAAGUAUUUGGAGCACAAGGGGCCUGUAUUUGCACCACCGUACGAUCCACUUCCUUCGCACGUGAAGUUCAUGUACGAUGGCAAAGAAAUGAAGCUCUCGCAGGAUGCGGAGGAAGUGGCAGGCUUCUACGCGCGCAUGCUGGAACACGACUACACAUCCAAGCAAGCGUUCAAUGACAACUUCUUCAAGGAUUGGCGCAAAACGAUGACGCCCCACGAGCGGGAGCGCAUCACCGACUUGGAAAAGUGUAACUUCCGUCCUAUGGCAGCGUACUUCGCGGAAAUAGCCGAGCAGAACCGGAAUCGCAGCAAAGAGGAGAAGGCUGCACUGAAGGCGGCGAACGAGCAGCUGACGAAGGAGUACGGCAUUUGCGUUAUCGAUGGGCAUAAGGAAAAGAUUGGAAACUUCAAAAUAGAACCGCCCGGUUUGUUCCGCGGCCGUGGCGAGCAUCCGAAGAUGGGCCUGGUGAAGAGGCGCGUUAUGCCCGAGGACGUCAUCAUCAAUUGCUCGCAGGACAGCAAAAUACCGUCCCCACCGCCAGGUCGCCGAUGGAAGGAGGUGCGCCACGACAACACUGUAUCGUGGCUAGCUUCCUGGGUCGAAAAUGUGCAGGGGCAGGUGAAGUACAUCAUGCUGAAUCCCAGCUCCAAGCUGAAGGGCGAAAAGGAUUGGCAGAAGUACGAAACGGCGCGUCGGUUGCUGAAGCACAUCGAUAAAAUUCGAGACACGUACCGCGACGAGUGGAAGAGCAAGGAGAUGCGUAUCCGACAGCGCGCGGUAGCGAUGUACUUUAUCGAUAAGCUUGCGCUGAGAGCGGGCAAUGAAAAGGACGACGAUCAGGCCGAUACGGUCGGUUGCUGUUCGCUGCGUUACGAGCACAUAGCGUUGCACAAGGAGCUGAACGGUAAAGAGAACGUGGUUGUGUUCGAUUUCCUCGGUAAGGAUUCCAUCCGCUACUACAAUGAGGUGGAGGUGGAGAAGCGUGUCUUCAAGAACUUGGAGCUGUUUAAAGAAAACAAAAAGCCGGGCGACGAUCUGUUUGACCGGUUAAAUACGUCCGUAGUGAACGAAUAUCUGAAGGGAUUGAUGGAUGGGCUCACUGCCAAAGUGUUCCGUACUUUCAACGCAUCUUACACAUUGCAAAAGCAGUUGGAAGAAUUGACGGAUCCUAACAUGUCCGUACCGGAAAAGCUGCUUGCUUACAAUCGUGCAAAUCGUGCGGUCGCUAUUUUGUGUAACCAUCAGCGGGCCGUCCCGAAAACGCACGAGAAAAGUAUGGGCAAUCUGAAGGAAAAGAUUCGCGUGAAGCGCGAACAGGUUGAACAGUGUCAAAAGGAAUUCAAGGAUCUCAAGAAAAGUAAUGUUCGUGAUCCGAGCGCGUUUGACAAGAAGAGCAAACAGUUGGAAAGGCUAAAGGAGCAGCUGAAGAAGUUGGAGCUCCAGGAAACGGAUAGGGAUGAAAAUAAAACGAUCGCUCUGGGCACAUCCAAGCUGAACUAUCUGGAUCCCCGUAUCUCCGUGGCUUGGUGUAAGAAGUUCGGAGUACCGAUUGAGAAGAUUUUCAACAAGACACAGCGUGACAAAUUCCGAUGGGCAAUAGAUAUGGCCGACGAAAACUACGUAUUUUAAAAGAAAGAAAGAAAAAAACAACGGGACAUUAUGGACGCGCGUUGCGGUGGUUUUUGCAAAUACAGCAAACCACCCAAGCUGUCGUCCUACAUGGACACUCGUACUAUGCGUGUCGAAUGAAAAACAUCAUUUUGUUCACCAUUUAUCAUAUUCAGCUGUGAGGUAACCACGAUGCAGUGGUAUUGAACUUCCUUUAGAUACCUAGGAAAGGAUCAGUUUCGCGACAGCUUGGUCAUAAUCGAUCCAGCCGCGAUGCACUUUUGCAAUGAAAGAUUCGCAAACCGUACGCAAUUCUAAUAUACAUUUAGAGUUUUAUUUGUUAAGAUUUGAACGCAUCUCUUGAGGAGACCGUUUUACGCGUGCCCGUAGCGUAAAGCACUCUUUGGUAUGACGUUUAGAGAGACCACACGUUCUGUGCAAGUAUGUCGAUUAUCUUUCAUUUUAAGAUAUAACGUUUCGGGGUAGAAAAACGCAAGACGACCGAUUAUGAUGUCCAACCUUGUUAGAAUAAAAUGAUAUGGUUGAAGAAGAAAAUGACAGCAUUGUACCCUUGAUGUGCGGUUUCCAUUACAAGGGCUACUUUCCUAUUGUAUAUGUGCAUGCAUUGUAGGCAACUACACGCAUAUAACUAGAACAAAACAUUGGUCAGACCUAAGCGUAGUCGUAUGUUUGAAAUUUUUGUGAAAUUCAGUGCGACAGUGUUAAGGCGUAGAACUAAACGUGGCAGAGAGAGAGAAAGAGCAAGAGAGAAAGAAGAAGAAGAAAAAGAGAGAGAGAUAUGUAGAAAGGUUUAAUUUAUUUUAGUAAAAUUCCAUCAAUCAAACUGCUCGAGACUAUCUCUCCGCACAUCAGUAGAAAGAAGGGCUACAGUGGUUUUAGAAAGCCCAACAACGUUAAUUUACAAAUUCGAUUGGAAAAGGAUCGUCCCACUCUGAUUUUAUCCUUUAUUCGCUUUAGCCUGCUUCUCUCAUGUAUGGCGAGGGUUGUUAGUUACGUGCGUAGUGAAGGUUCAUUGUUUCCUCUCCGUUACAACAACAAAAAAACUGCUAAAGUGUGUGAAGUUAGUGAUGUUUCGGACAUAGUUUUAUAUUUUCUUAGCAAAACACAAACAAUUAGAUAAAUUAACAUGAUCGGGGUGGUCUCGUGGGCCAGUCGUCAACUCGCACGACUUAUCAAGCCAACCAAUGCCCGUCGUGGGUUCAAACCUUAUAUGGACCGUCGCCCCAUAGCAAGGACUGACUAUUUCCGGCUGCGUGGUACUAUAAUAAGUCCCGCAAGCCCUUUGUAUCGGGCCGGCAUGACCGCGAUGGUCGUUACGCCAAGAAGAAAAAAAAGAAGAAGAACAUGAUCGUGUAUAAUAGUAUUGGAUUCGCAUAACGUGAGUGCGUGUGUUUAGUUAGUAAUUACGCAUUGAUGAAGCGCGUAAAGCUCGCAAAUUUCACGCGAGGGUUUUCGGGCGGGGAGAGGGCUAGCAGCAGGAAUGUUCUCUCUAUUACACCACGAUAAAGGCAAUAAGGUCGUACUUGGCACACCCGUUCUUCCGGCAGAUAAACCAGCCAGUGUAUAUUGUUUGUGCUCCUGUGUACACAUAAACACACUCACACACACACUGACAUUGUUUUCAAACUCUGCACAAUCAUCUGAUAUGUUAAGUUGUAGUAUUUAGGUGCGUAGAUGAUUUAUUUGGUUCGUGACACGAUGUUACUAGGAGUGCACUCUGCUGAAGCAAAACAGAAAUCAGUGUAAAAUACUUUGAUAGGAUUUAAAGAUGACUCAAAAAACAAAAUAUAUGCAUAUAUAUUUAAAACAAAAAACAACACAAACACACCCAUAUGAUACACUAAUGGAUCGCAUCUGAUUGUAAGAGGAGACAUGUUUGUGUGGAAAGCAUCGACUAACAAUCGUGUAGGGGAGGGGGAUGGUAACUUUUAAGCAAAGAGUACAUUACACAACACAACAGCAAAGGAUCAAUUUGGUAUUUAGGGGGGUGGUGUAAUACAAGCACUGGAAGUGUAAUGCCUAACAUUAAAGACUAUCGAUGGAUCAGAAGAAGGAAGGAAGGAAGGAGGAAGGGGGGCUCGCUGUUUGUACGUUUACGAACGGUAGUUUUGGUUUGUUUUACUCCGGAAACCUAUGAAGCGCAAGACACGAGUGUUUCAUGGGAUGGGACAUCCGUUAACAACAGUUGCAUACCCCAUUUACCGUUACGUCGCUCUAUCUACAUACACAUCUAAGCAUCUUGACUUGAUAGUGGAUAAUGAUCGAGUAAACUAAACUAUAGAAAGGCGAAACGUUUUGGGUUUCGUAAAAAAAAAAUAGCACACUCAUAUAUAACAACAAACGUGAUAAGAAAGAGCGAUCAGAGCUGCGCUACCGAUGCAAGAGGGGUCUACUUUGAAUCAUCUCACCGAAACCCAUCAUCUCAUAUCGAUCGAUCACCUUCAUCUCAAAGCCGUUUUAUUUGCAAUACUUAAUUUUAAAACGCUUUCAGUGUGAAUGCCCCUUUGCGAUGACGAAUGCCAUUAGAAUGGCGUUAUAUAGAGUAGAGAAUGAUUCAUGCAAUUACUAGACCUUCAAUUCAGGUACGACGAAAAUUGUACGAAAAUUCGCGUGAUGUUAACAGGACAGAAGGCCGAGCUGAACCAGCGUUACAGCAGUAGCAAAGGAAAGGAAAGCAAAACACACACACACACACAGAAAACCACCAUUAAAACAUUUGCGUACCGCCGAAACUAUGAAUGAAGCAAGGGAGACAAAUGGUCAAGCGUGUAUGCCAUGGAAAAAGGGAAGCAGAUGAUCCUCCUGCACACAUCGAUGCACCUGGGGAGGAGGGGUGGGGCACACGAAGCCCAAUUCGCUCGAGACGAGUGAGGGAGACAAGGUUCGAGUUCACAUGGAAGGCAAAAUGCAUGUGCAAAGACAGCAGCAACGCAACUACUGUAAACAGUAAGUAGUGGCUGGGAGGGAAUUUGAAACGGAACUAAAAACAAAUUACAUAGAAAAAAAAACAUAUUGAGGAGAGAGAAGUGCGAAGGGCUGACGAAUUGAUGAUAUGAUGCAGAUAAUACAUGAUUUAAAUAAAUAACUUUAAGUGAAAAUCCA